AUGGCAGAGAACGGUGCACGAAAGGCAUAUGAUCAAGAGGUGGCCUCAGACUUGGCUGAAAGGGAAGAACGUCGCAAGAAACGGAUGAAAUGUUUUGCAUACGUUGCAGCCUUUGCUGUAUUCCACACAGCAGUCAUAUUGGUCUUUGCACUCGUGGUGAUGAAGGUGAGGAUGCCUAAAUUCCGCGUGAGGUCUGCCGCAUUUGAGGAUUUCCAGGUUUCAACAUUAAACACAAAUGCUUCUUUUAGUACCAAGAUGAUUGCAGAGCUCUCUGUCAAGAAUGCAAACUUCGGUCGCUACAAGUACCAGAAUAGCACUAUUGAAUUCUUCUAUCAGAACUACAAGGUAGGAGAAGCUGUGGUUCCCAGGGGAAAGGCUAAUUUCAGAUCAACUAAGAAAUUCGUCAUUCCGGUGGAUUUAUCCUCUGCCAAUGUGCCCGGGGAUGUACUAGGAAAUGAAUUGAGUCAACACGCUUGGAUCCCUCUGACUAGCCGAGCAACAUUGAGGGGAAAAUUGAUGCUAAUGUUGAUCUUCAAGAAAAAUAAGUCCACCGACAUGAAUUGCACCAUGAACCUCAAUAUCUCAUCAAGGCAGCUCCAAGAUUUGAAGUGCUCAUAA